AUGAUAAAAGGAAAACGUUCAUUUCCAAAGCGUCAAAAUAAUGUUAGAGUAUUAAAUUCAUCACGUGUUGAGGAAUUUGAUAUAUCCGAUCAUAAUCAAUCCAUAGAUAGCAUAAAUGAACUUUCUGCAUAUGAAGUUUUGUCGCUUAGAAAAAAGACAGAAGAUGGUAUUAAGUCCAAUUUGAAUGAAGAAAGAGUGGCAUCAAGUUUAACUAGUAGAGCAGAAGACAAUAAACCAUGCAGAGAUUUCGUUAAAAGCGAUAGAAACGUGCUAGCGUCGGAUUUUCUGUCUAAAUACGGUGAGGAAACGGAUGAAAUGAACAAAACUAAGAAAAAGCAAAAAAAAAUAAUGAAGAAGGAGAUUCGAAAGAGAACUAAGCGGAAACGUAAAUCAGUUAAUAAAAGAGAACUAAGUGGUUCAAUUAAAACAUGGAUACCGACACAUUCAGGUAGUAGCGUCUUCAGCUCAUUAUUUAGGAAUUGUGAUGAUUCGAAAGAAAUGCAGGAUUCAGUGAGCCAAAACAUAUCUGACAAUGCAUCGCAAAAUUUUGAAAAAAAAAGAAAAAGGAAAAUGCAAAAAGAGAUUGUCGAUUGUUUGAGUGAAGGAGAAGAAAUAGAGGAAAUUAAAAUCGUAAAUCUUUCGGAUUCAAGCCAUGGAAGCUCUUUUGAAAGUGACGAAAUUAAUGAAGACAAAAAUAUGGUGGAUGAAGAAGAGAAUGAUGAAGAAUUGAUUGAUGAAAGAAGUACAAAUAGUGCGGUUCGUGAAAAUUUUGUAAGGUGUUACGGAAAAGAAAAGGAUGAAGAUGCCAGUGACGUAGUAAUCGAUUUUGAACAGAAGCCUUUCUCAACUCAUUGUGAUUCAGUACAAAAUGGAUUGGAUGCGAUCCAAUGGCUUAUUGAUCCCUACGACCUAACACAGUUUUUCAAAAUGGUAUUUCAAAAGAAAGUAUUUCAUGUUUGCCAUAAUAACCCGAAUUACUACGGCAAUUUAUUUAGCACAGCGAAAUUUAUCGACAUUCUGCAAACGGAUUAUGUUGAAUACGGUACCAAUGUGAAUGUUGCUAUUUACAAGAAUCAGCAAAGGUCAACUUUAAAUGGUUCUGGAAAGGUUUAUCCUCAAGCAAUACAAAAAAGUAUUAAGGCUGGUUGUUCAAUACAGCUUACAAAUCCUCAAAGCUUCUGUGACAAUGUUUGGUACUACUGCGAUUUGUUACAGGAAGUAUUUGGUUGUUUUGUUGGAGCGAAUAUUUAUAUAACUCCCGCAAAUACGGCUGGCUUCGCCCCUCAUUGGGACGACAUCGACGCUUUCUUGCUUCAAUUGGAAGGGCGAAAACAUUGGAAAAUAUAUGCACCGGAUAGUGAUGAUGAGAUGCUUCCUCGAUUACCCAGCGGUAAUUUUACGGAUAAUGAUGUUAUUAAUCGUAUGCUUGUUUUUGAUGAUUGGUUGGAGCAAGGCGAUAUGUUAUAUAUUCCGCGAGGUUAUAUCCAUCAGGGUUUCGCAGACAAAGAUGUUCAUUCGUUGCAUCUCACUGUUAGUGUUUGUCGCAAUGUCACAUAUGCUGAUCUCUUGGAACGUGUCAUCCCUCCUGCACUAUCUAAUUUUGCUGAGCAAAAUGUAAACAUUCGUAAAUCAUUACCAGCUCGUUAUUUAGAUAUGACAGGUGUAUUGGAAUGUGACUAUCCACUAUUGAAAACUGGUACUAUGAAAUUACAUCGAUUUCUGGAUAGCAUCUUUUCAAAUUUCUGCAAAUAUAUCAAAGAGUUAAGUGAACCGGCUGUUGAUAUGAUGGCCAGGGAAUUUAUGAGAACGGCACUCCCACCUGUACUCACUAAAGAGGAGAAAGAUAUGACAGCGUUAUGCGUUGCCGGUUCAUCGUUGUAUGGUGAUAAGGAGCAUAUUUUCACAAAGAAUACGUCAAUCAAACUUUUAAGAAGACAUGGUCAAAGACUUAUUUAUGAAUCGGAAGAACGUUGCUUUAUUGUACACCGCAUGGCAAAUUCAAGAGUUUAUGAGGGAAGACCGGAAGUUUUAUUUGAUCUGGAUGUAGAACUUGCCGAAGGAUUUGCAAAUUUAGUGAACGCUUAUCCUCGCUGGUGCUUAGUAUCGGAUUUAAAAUGUAAUGAUGCAGCCGACAAUAUCAGAUUGGCCGAACUUUUAUAUAGCAAUGGAUUACUUAUGGCUGAAUUUCGAGAAGCUAUGAAAUGA